AGAAUUGGGAAUUUUUAACAUUCCAAGGUGCAGGCGAUGUUGAAGAGCUGGCGUGGUAAUCGAGGAGAAAGUUGGAGACUUGCGGAAACCCUAACAUCAGGCCAAAGGUUGACUCGAAGGGAAAGCCGCAAAUGUAUCCUCCUGAAGAAGAAGACGGCGCAGGCCUAAACCCUAACCAAAUUAACCCGCCGCCGCAGCAGCAGGUGAAGAGACGGCAGGCACCGUCGAACUGGUCGGACGGCCAGCUCUGGGCGAACAAAGGGGACGCUCAACAAGCUCUCAGGAAUGUGGUUAUGAAAUUGCGCCUGCAGAGCCAGUCCAAUUCCACAACUCCGCCUUCCGAGCCUGACUUGGAUGCUCAGACACUUGGUGGCUCAGAAGAGUUGGAUCCGACCCGGCAUUGCCCCAACCCAGAUUAUACUUCUCUCAUUUCGGACGCACUGCUGUUGAAUGUGCUUUCGAAGCUUCCUGGGUCUCAUCACAUUUCAAAUUCUUUGGUAUGUAAGCGGUGGUGUAAGCUAAGUGGCAAACUGGUUCAGUCAAUUAAGCUGUUGGAUUGGGAAUUUCUGGAAUCGGGUAGGCUCGUUUACAGGUUUCCUAACCUGAUUGACAUUGACAUUGUUCGAUCCUGCGUGAAAUGGAAGAGGAAUUCCUCUAUUAUGAUCUCACACAGGCUACUAUCAGUUCACUUAGACUCAAGCUCUAUAGAUUGUGGGUUUGUGAGAAAAGAUGAUAUUUUGGAAUCACAAGUUGUUGAUGGAGGAGUUAAGAUUCUUGUAGAGGGUUGUUCCAAUCUAAGGAGGAUUGUUAUGAUCAACACGAGCGAAGAUGGGUUGAAAUUCGUGGCUGAUAACUGUGAGACAGUGCAGGAACUAGAAUUGCAUUGCUGCGAGGAUUUCUCUCUGAAAGGGAUUUCUGGGUGUAAAAAUCUGCAGAUACUAAAGUUGGUUGGAAAUUUAGACGGGUUUUACAGCUCUAUGGUCUCUGAUAUAGGUUUGACCAUUCUUGCUCAGUCUUGCAGGCGUCUUGUGAAGCUUGAUUUGGUUGGAUGUGAGGGAAGCUAUGAUGGGAUCAAAGCUAUAGGACAAUGUUGUCAUAUGCUGGAGGAGUUCAUGCUUUGUGAUCAUAGGAUGGAUGGUGGGUGGUUGUCGGCGUUGUCAUAUUGUCAAAAUCUGAAAACUUUGAAGCUUCGGUCAUGUAAAACUGUUGAUUUAAGUCCGGGCCCCGAUGAACAUUUGGGAUAUUGUCUUUCUCUUGAAGAGUUGCAUUUGCAGUGUUGUCAUUUACGAGAUCAGCAGAGUCUUAGAGCGUUGUUUAUAGUGUGCACACCCGUGAGAGAACUUACAAUUGAGGAUUGUUGGGGACUGGACAACAAUGCAUUUUCCUCUUCCUCUGUACUGCGGAGUUUAAAAGCCCUCUCUUUAGUUGGAUGCUCGCUACUCACAACAGAAGGAUUAGAUUCAGUCAUAGAAUCUUGGAGGGAACUUCAGAGCCUUAGAGUGGUUUCCUGUAAAAACAUUAAAGAUAGUGAAAUAACACCAGCCCUAGCAACACUAUUUUCUGUUCUGAAAGAGUUGAAGUGGCGACCAGAUUCUAAGUCACUCCUCUCUUCUGGUCUUGAAGGGACCGGUGUGGGACAGAAAGGCGGGAGGUCUUUCCGGUGGAAGUAAAGCUCUGACAGAAUUGAAUUUAGCUGCUGCUGUUCUAAAGCUCUGUUUGGCAGCAUUAAUCGGAACACACGGUAGGCUUUGACUUGUUUGGCUGAAAUAGAUUUCGUGAAACCCAUUUCUAAGUCUUUGUUCUGCUGCUCUUCCAUCUUGGAUCAUUGCAUUUUUAGUCAGCUGGCUGUAUAUGAGUUAGCAUUUGUACCAAAUCACAGUUGUUUUUGACUCCUAAUGUACUACUCCCGUUUCACAAAACUCUCCCGGCCUAAUUUUUUGCGCACCAGGUGAAACACUUUUACCCCACCUAAAGUGUCUGAAGUGCACCCCAUAACGCAGUUUAUUGUGGGUAGAAGUUGUUUUGGGGGUAUUUCAGACAUUUUAGGUAGGAUAGAAGUACUUUAUGGGAUACACAAAAAAAUUAGGGCGGAAGAGUUUUGCAAAAGGGAGUAUUUUAGCAGUUAUUUCCUAUUCUUCCAUAUAGGGAGUAUAAUUUACACAGUGGAAUACCUGUAUUGAAACAAUGAAUAAAUACACUUGCAUUUU